AUGUAUAGAGGACGAAACAGAGCCAGGGGCAAGGGCUCUGACGAUAACCAGGUUAGAGGACCCAACUCUGCGUUAACGCAAUUUUUGAAAGAACAGGGUAUCAAUGCUGAAAGCAUCAGACAGAAAUGGCUGAAAAGUCGCGAAUCGGAAGAAAAGGAAACGCCAGACGGUGUCAAAAGUGAAAAUCAGGAGCCCAGUCUUCCUAAAGGUAAGACGCGUGGUCGGCGUCCUGCGGUUGCGAGUAGUUCAGACGACGAAGACGGCGACGAAGACGAUGUGGAAUAUGACGAUGAAAGUGACGAUGAAAGUGUCGAGGGAAAAGAAGACAGCGAAAUGGAUGGAUUUGAUGAAGAAAGCAAAUCCUCAACCCCCCGUUUGAAUGGUAACAAUCGAUUGAAACGAUUCGGUAUAGAUGACGAAGAUAGCGAUGAAGCAGAAUACGACGAAACCAAAAGCUCAAGAACCGUCUCAGAGACUCCAGUACUUGAGAUAACUCAAGAACAAGCCGAGCAAAAGCUCAAGAAAAGCCGGCAGCAGCUGCAGCAGAGAAGAAGGAAGAAGAAAAGGGCAGCAGAGCUUUUGGAUCGGAAAACAAGACGUAUCUCGACUUUGCAGGAUAUUUGCAUCUCACAGAUUAGUUCCAACAUUUUGAAGUUGCAAAAAAACGCCAGCGCCGGCGACGAUAGCAUUUCCACCAAAAUUCGCGAUACUCUUGGUGGACUGUCUACGCAAAACAUGAAUAAACUUGCUAGAACUUUGUCAAAGAACCGAGCGCUUAACGAUCACACGCUUCAAUUGUUUCUCAGGACGGACCUUCAUACGCUAAGUUUCCACGACUGUUCCAAGUUGUCCUACGAGGGGUAUAAACUGCUUGCUAUCUUUGCACCGCAAUUGUCGGAGCUUUCCUUACAAAUGUGCGGUCAACUAAAUAAUGAGGCACUUCUCUAUAUCAGCGAAAAGCUUCCCAAACUAACGUCCUUGGACCUUGACGGCCCAUUUUUAAUCAAUGAAGAAACAUGGGAUGUUUUCUUCUCACGAAUGAAGGGGAGACUAAGGGCUUUUCAUGUCUCCAACACCCACCGUUUCACCGACAACUCAUUGGCUAGUCUCUUGAAAAAUUGUGGAGAUAGCCUUGUGUCGUUGAAGUUGUCAAGACUCGAUGAUGUUUCCGAUUACAGCAUAAUACCACAAUAUCUAAAGCGGCAGGACUUUGAGAGACUGGCUCUAGAGUACCCCAAUAAGGAAGAGUAUGUCACAGACGAGGUGGUAUCUGCAAUAUUGAAAGCGGCCGGGCGUAAUCUAAAGCAUUUGGACUUGAAUGGGUGCACCGCACUCACUGACACAACAAUUAUAAAUUUGAAAGAUGUCUUUACUCAAAACGAAAGCAGCAUAAGCAUUCUCGAGUCUCUUGAAUUGGAAGAGCUGGACCAAAUUUCCACAGAUGCGAUGGUACUACUUUUUAGUCAGGUUCAGAUGCCGGAGCUCAGGAUAUGCAGUUUGAAGCGCUGUCUUCAACUUGGAGAUAUGGCACUUAUUGAACUUUUCUCAAACAAAGCCGGACAGGCACUUGUCCAUCUUGUCCUCAAUUCUUUAAAAGAAGUGCAUGGUGAGUGUUUUGAGGUACUGUCGUCACCUAAUCUCAAAAGACUUGAUAUCGGGUUCAUGGGAUGUGCUAAUGACGAACUUGUCAAGAAGCUUGGUGAACAAAACCCACAACUGGAAAUACUAGAGGUGUUUGGAGAUAACUUGGUUACUGGAAAAGCACAUAUUAGAUCAGGGCUUACCGUCAUCGGACGUCAAAGCGAUUCAUUGUGA